AUGGCCAAAUCAGAUAGCGAAUCCGACCCACUAUGGCAGGAUCUGGACUGGGCGAUUGGCCAGAUGCUGAUUAUGGGCUGGGACGGGACUGAGAUUACACCUCAAAUAAGGAAUCUUAUCGAGCAUCACCACCUCGGCUCUAUCCUUCUUACAGCCAAGAACCUCAAGUCUGCCGAACAGACUGCUGCUCUAGUCCAGGAGCUGCAGUCUAUCGCUCAUCGCGCUGGGCACCCACAGCCUCUCCUAAUAGCCCUUGAUCAGGAAAAUGGCGGCGUUAACAGUCUGUUCGAUGAAGACUAUAUCUGCCAGUUCCCGAGUGCUAUGGGCAUCGCUGCUGCUGGCAGUCCCGAUCUGGCAUAUACUGUAGCAAAGGCCACAGCAACUGAGGUCUCGGCUGUUGGUGUCAACCUGAUACUAGGCCCCGUCCUAGAUGUGUUGACCAAUGCCAGGCAUCAACCCCUAGGAGUCAGGGCCGUAGGCGAUGAUCCACAAGAGGCGUCACAAUAUGGCAUUGCCACUAUGAACGGAUACAAGGACGCGGGCCUUGCCACGUGUGGGAAGCACUUUCCGUCCUACGGGAAUCUCGAUUUUCUCGGGUCCAGUCUGGACAUGCCAAUUAUCACUCAGACGCUGGAGGAGUUGAGUCUAAGUGCGUUGGUGCCUUUCCGCAAUGCUAUUGCUACGGGCCGUCUCGAUGCCAUGUUCAUUGGCGGAUGUGGCAUCGCCAAUGCUGGCAUGAAUGCUAUGCACGCCUGUCUGUCUGACCAAGUUGUUGACGACCUACUUCGAAACGACCUUGGGUUCACUGGUGUAGCAAUAUCCGAGUGUCUUGAAAUGGAAUCACUCAUCCAGGAAUAUGGUGUUAAAGGAGGCACUGUCAUGGCCGUCGAAGCCGGCAAUGACUUGAUCCUCUUGUGCAGAGCACAUGAUGUGCAGCUUGAGGCUAUCUCCGGCUUGAAGCUGGGCAUCGAGAACGGCAUCAUCUCUAAGGAGCGGGUGUAUACGUCUCUGAGACGCGUGCUACGGAUGAAGAGCGCCUGCACAUCCUGGGAGAAGGCGUUGAAUCCCGCGGGGCUAUCACGGCUCUCGAAGACCCACCCGUCGCAUCUAGCCCUCUCCCGGAAGGCAUACGAUCAAUCUAUCACAGUCGUCAGGGACAAGGAUGGCCUCCUACCUCUGACGCAGAGCCUGCUCCAAGAAGAGGAGCUCCUGUUACUUACACCUCUUGUGAAGCCAUUACCGGCCUCGGCUGCGACGAAGAGUAUGAUGGAGAAGGCUGCGCUCAAGAAUGGCGGUGCAAGCCUGCACGACAAAUGGAUCCAUCAGGAACGCGGCGCCAUCAUGAGCGGUGAAGGGGUUUUCCGUGAGUUGGGAAGAUCACUGGCACGCGCUCGUCACGGGAAACUUUUGCAUACUUCGUACACUGCCAAUGGUCUCAGGCCAGUCCAUGAGAACCUCAUCAACAGGGCAUCGGCAAUCAUUAUUGUUACCGCUGACGCUCACCGCAAUGGCUACCAAUCCGGGUUUACCAAGCAUGUUGCGAUGAUGUGUCAGAUGCUCCGGUCAACGGGACAGAAGAAGUCUCUGAUCGUAGUUGCUGUUAGUUCGCCAUAUGAUUUUGCCAUGGACAAGACAAUUGGGACCUACAUGUGCACUUUUGACUUCACCGAGACUGCCAUGGCUUCACUGGUUCGAGCACUGUAUGGCGAAUUCGUUCCACAAGGAUCAAUGCCUGGCACAAUGAGGAAGACCAAGAAGGUCGUCAAAAAUAGACAGCAAUGGCUAGUGGAAGCUUACGAGCGAGAACGCGACAGCAACGGUCUGGAUGAGCUGCUCAAAACGCUUGCUCGAUCGAGUACACCGAGCCUACCAUACGUUGCCUGUCGUGCGCAAUCCUUUGAGCUCGAGCGCUUCAACCCGAGCAUCGAAGAAUGCCACUUCGUCGUCCGUAAUAGCAGUACACAGGCCUUGUACGGCUUCAUUGCGACGUACUUCACAAAGGGUCUGGGGGCCAUCGGCGCUCUAUUUGUUGACCCGUCAAAACGAAACGUAUCUAUCGGCAGAUCAUUGCACCGCAGAGCGGUCAAGGCUUUGCUCCAGAAGCAAGGCCUCAAGAAGAUCCAACUGGGCUUGUCCUUCCCUGGAGUGUUCCCAGGUAUUCCCGUCGAGGAGAGCGGCAGCGUCAAGAGCUGGUUUGCCAAAGUGGGCUGGGACGUGCAGUUCCCUAGACGGGUGUCAAACUUGGCAAUCGCGGACCUUCCGUCCUGGUCUGCCCCGGAAGGCCUUACUCAGAGUAUACAGCGCAACCAAAUCAGUUUCGACCUAAUUCACAGCCUGGAGAACGGAGAAAGCGUGUUGAACCACGUCGCAACACAUGCCAGUCCGGACGUCGUGGAACUGUACAAGUUCGCGCUCCAAGCCCAAGACUGCGGCGUGGUCCGUGCCAAGAGCACAAAUGAGACUCUCCUGGGCGUCGUCAUAGUCUGCAAGCCAGGCAGCGUCCUGGCGACAUAUAUACCGAUCCUCAACACUGCUAAUGAUGGAAGCUACGGCGGAGUCGUUGCACCUGUCGUGCCUGCGACGGCUCAGUCCACGUUGCUGCUCCAGGGACUGGUAUUCAUGGGCGUUAGACAGAACAAGGCACACAAGUCGGCGAAGAGUAUAGUCAGUUGGGCCCUCGAUGAUUCCCAUGAGCUACUAGGUGCUAUGGGCUUCGAGGUGCAGCAGACAUUUGAAGAGAUCACUAACUCGCCAGAGCAUUGGCAUGAUCUGCUUUAA